AUGACAUCGGCCGCGAGUGGCCCGCAGAGGCCGGCGACUCCUCCCCCCCGCGUCAGGCUCAUGCCGCUCCCGGAGCCUUCUGAUACAGGCUCUGCCUCGUCCGAGGCACCCCGAGACGCCCGCGUCGGCCAAGAGGCCCAGCUCCUCCAAGGUGGCCAAGAGGCCGGCGCCCACCUCCCUCGCGAGCUCCCUCCUCGCCAGCAGCAUCGCCAUCGCGCCUCCGGGUCCGUCGUCGUCCGCCCGCACCCACACCACCACCGCUCUCGUCCGGAGUCUGCCAGUACCCACAGCGAUAGCGCCCGCCAUAGUUUCAUCUUUUCGCCCUCGACAUCGACUCCCUCAGAACGUGACGCCGCCGCCGCAGGAGUGAUGCUCUCGUUUACCCUGCCCGCCGCGGCACAGCCCGCCGUCCCGCCUCGAGAGGGCCAUGAUUCCACCCUCACCGGGAGCUCCUUUAAGGCUGCCCGGCCGCUCUCCUCGGCCCCGUCUUCGUCCUUUUCGUCCACCUCGUCCUUUUCCUCGCUGCCACUCUCUUGCAUCGUCGACCUACCCCAGGCCGACGCGAGAUUUGCGAGGUCGCCGUCCAUCGACAGCCCCAUCCUGUACGACUUGGCAUCGUCUGCCCGGGACAGGCCCCCCCCGACACGAUCCACCACCACCUCGAGCCUAGAAGCCGCCGACGCCGGCGACUCGAAGCCGCACCGCACCCCCCCCGGCACUCGAUCCGACGACAUUGCUCCUGGAGAGCUGUCGGAAGCCCUAUCCGAGUACGACGAUUUGGCAUCGGACCCCUCCGAUUUCGUAUUACCCAACGCCUUUGGCGACGACACUCCGUCCGACGACGUGGACGACCGCUCCGACGACGCCGAGUCGCUUUACGCCGAUAGCAUCGACAUUCAUCCGACAACCGCACUCGCACCCGCACCCGCAAUCGCACCCGCAUCCCCAUCCCCUUCCCCAUCCCCAUCCCCAUCCGCACCUGCGCCUGCACCCACGGUCAAGCACACGCCGGCCCCCCUCAACCUCGACAGGAUCGCCAUAUCCAUCGUCAAGCACGACGACAACGACGACGACGCUCCAUCCCGCACCCAGUCGCAGUCGUCUCUGCCGCCGCUGAAGCGAACCAUCUCGCCGCUGCAGCUCAACAAGCCGCUGCCCAGGUCUCCGAGCCUCGCCUCGCCCUUUGCGUCCUUGUUCGGCUGGGGCAGUCAAUCGCCCUCGCUCACGGACCCAUCCUCCAUCACCUCCCCUUUGUGGCCACCCAAGAACGUGUCCCCGAAUGAUGCGCUGCUGCCCAUCAAAUCUUUGUCCGACACCUACUUCACGCCCGGCACCGCCGCAGCGAACCCCAUCACCUAUUGCGAAUCCUACCUAUCCACCCCACCCCCGUCACACGCUCUCUCCUCCAUCCAGGUCGAGGAGAUGGAAGACGAACUCAAGGCCAUCAGCUCCGAGCUGGCCGCCUCCAUCCGGCGAGAGAUGGACCUCGAGGAGCUCGUCGACAGGCUCCAGGAGCAAGCCAACAACCCGCAGGCGCCCGGCAAGCGGACGAGCGACUACUUCUCUGAUUCCGGCCUCAGCUCGGCCAAGCUGAGCGAGUACGAGCACAGCCGCGAGGAGAUCGAAAAGGUGCAACGCCGGGCCGAGCAGGAAAAGGCCUCGAUCCGCCUCGAGCUGAGCACGAAGCUGCAGGACGAGCGCUCCAAGAGGACGGCGCUCGACCUGCAGAUCAAGGAGCUGUCCGAGAAGGCGUCCCGCAUGGACCUCGCCCACAUGAACGGCACCGACGCCGGCGACCGGGUCCGGAACCUGGAAGCCAGCUGCGAGGACCUGCGGCGCAAGCUGUCGCAGGAGCGCGAGUCCAAGGCCAACAUCGAGGACCUGCUCGCCGCCCUCAAGUGCGACCUCGAGGAGAUCAGCAACGAGCGCGACAACCUCCGCGACGAGGUCGUGCCCCAGCUGCGCGCCCGCGUCGAAGGGCUCGAGUCCGAAGCGACGGGCUACGCCACCCUGACGUACGAGUCGACCAAGAUGCAGCAGGAGCUGCAGUCCCUCCAGCAGGAAAACUCGACGCUGCGACACUCGCACGCCGGCGCCUCGCCCAACGGGCCGCCGCUGUCGAGGUCGAGCUCGACGACGGCCAAGGGAUCCCUGCUCCCCCGCGCGGGACCGCCUCCCGCGCUCAAGGACCUCUCCCGAUCCAACAGCGUCAAGAACGGCACGUCCGAGUCGCGCGAGCAGCUCGCCGAGCGGUUGAAGGACGUCGAGGCCCAGCGCGACGCCCUCCACAACGCACUCAAGAAUCUCCUGGAGAGACAAGAGGUGCAGAACCGCGAGAGUCGAAAGCAGAUCAAGUCGCUCCAGGACGAGCGCCUUCGCCUGCUCACCCAGUCCCCUCGCCGCGCCGGCUUCGAGAGCGACAUCAAGAAGCUGCGGACCGAGAUGAACGUGCUGCGCCGCCGGGCCGAGGAGGCCAUCGAGCAGAAGUGGCAGGUCGAGAAGGGGCUUGCCGGCCUCAAGAUGGACCUCGAUAGGGCCGAGGAGGAGAUCAAGGCGCUGCGGAGCCUGCUCACCGAAAAGGACAUACUCAUCCCCUCGUCCAUCGGCCGGCCGAGCAGCACCGCCUCGGCCUCGGCCGUCGUCUCGGUGACGUCGGAAUCGCUCGCCCGCGCCUACAAGGAGCUGCAGGAGACGUACAUGGCCUCGCUGGAGCGCCUCAAGCAGGCCGGUGCCGCCGCCGAAGGGGGGAGCGGCCUCGUCGCGACGGACGAGAAGACGCUGCUCGCCCUGCAGCGCCUCGAGCAGUCCCUCUCGGCCGUCGUCCUCGAGCGGGACACGGUCAAGCAGGAGGCGACGCUGCUCCGGGGCCAGGUGGACUCCCUGACGUCGGCCGAGUCGCAGAGCGUCCAGAGGGAAUCCGGCCUCGCCGGCUCCCUCGAGGAGUCGGCCAAGCGCGUCGAGCAGCUCGCGGCCCAGGUCCGGCAGCAGCUCGCGAGCAACGCCGAGCUCCGCGACCGCCUCGCCAAGACGGUGGCGCGCGGCGACGCCGACCGCAAGGCGAACACGGACCAGAUCAGCGGGCUCCAGGAGCGGCUGCACAAGCUCGAGGAGCUCCUCGUCGCCGCCCAGGGCGCGUCCGAGGAGCGCGUCGCGCGCCACGAGGACGAGGUCUCGCGCCUGCGAGAGGCGCACAGCGAGCAGCUGCGGCGACUCGAGGCGAAGCACGCACCCGUCCUGAAGAGGGCCAUGGAGGAGGAGGCUCAGAUGAAGGCUCUGCGCGCCCAGGUCACGGAGCUCGAGAAGGCGCUCGCCGACGCCGACGGCGAGAUCCAAGAGAUUGUCGCCAAGAUGAGCAUGGCCCAGAUCGAGGUCAUGAACCUCCAGGAGGAGCGCGAGUCGGCCGUGCGCGAGACUAAGCGCCUCCAGGCCGUCAUCGAGAAGGAACAGGCGAAGGCGUUUGAGGAGCGCUUCAAGACGACCGACGCCGUCGUCGUCCAGUCAUGA